GGCCGGCUCCCGCACCUGCGCAGUGGCUCCGCGUCUGCCGGCCGGUUUGGUCGGUUGUGGUGGCGUCGCCGCCCAGUCGGCAGUCGCAGCGCUCACCCGCGCCGGGAGCCCUUGGCCGCGUCGCCCGGCAGCCGCGGGAGCAUUUCCUGAAGACGCGGCCAUGCAGCACAUCAGCAGCUCCCAGAGCAGCCAGCACCACGUCCCGUGGCCCAGGGCCUGCCCCGGCACGGGCGAGGAGCAGCCAGCAUGCUCCCAGCCAGCCCCGCCCCUCACGCUGCCAUCCCCCAGCCACCAACUGCAGCAGCUGAUGGAUGGGUCAGGACUCACCCAGAUCGCCCAGGGAGCCCAGGUUCAGCUCCAGCACCCGGGUACGCCCAUCACAGUCCGAAAGCGGAGACCCUCCCAGCCCCACACACAGUCAGGGGGCACCAUCCACUUGGGACCCCAGAGCCCUGCAGCCGCGGGUGGGACUGGCCUGCAGCCCCUGGCCAGCCCAAGCCACAUCACCACGGCUAACUUGCCACCACAGAUCAGCAGCAUCAUCCAGGGCCAGCUGGUCCAGCAGCAGCAGGUGCUGCAGGGGCCGCCGCUGUCCUGGCCCCUGGGCUUCGAGAGGACGCCUGGCGUGCUGCUCCCCGGGGCUGGGGGCGCAGCGGGGUUUGGGAUGACGUCCCCACCCCCGCCCACCAGCCCUUCCAGGACUGCCGUGCCCCCAGGCCUUUCCAGCCUCCCACUCACGUCUGUGGGGAACGCGGGAGUGAAGAAGGCUCCCAAGAAGUUAGAGGAGAUUCCCCCAGCCUCUCCGGAGAUGGUGCAGAUGAGGAAGCAGUGCCUGGACUAUCAUUACCAGGAGAUGCAGGCUCUGAAGGAGGUCUUCAAGGAGUAUUUGAUUGAACUGUUUUUCUUGCAACACUUUCAAGGGAACAUGAUGGAUUUCUUAGCUUUCAAGGAGAGACUGUAUGGACCAUUACAAGCAUAUCUUAGGCAGAAUGAUUUGGACAUUGAAGAGGAGGAGGAGGAGCACUUUGAAGUCAUUAAUGAUGAGGUAAAGGUUGUGGUCAGAAAGCACGGGCAGCCUGGGACUCCUGUUGCCAUAGCAACCCAGCUUCCCCCGAGGACUUCCGCGGCUUUUCCAGCCCAGCAGCAGCCGCUCCAGGUCUUGGCUCCACGGCCCGCCUCGGAGAGCCCUUUGCCGACCCUGUGCCCGCCCUGCGCCGCCCUGUUUGCUCUCCCUGGUCCUCAGAGCGCCCACUCCCGUCAGGUCGCCUGUGUCUGUGCCUCCCUGAGGACGGCAGGGCCUGGCGUGCCCCGCGCUCCGCUCUGCCCUGGGGACAGAAGGUGGUCAGGGAAGGUGGUCCCGUGUCCUCAGGCAGAGUCACCUUGCAGAUGGUGCUGAGGUGGAGAAGCCGCGCCGCUGCUGCAACAGAGUGGGCGCUUCUGACCGCGCCCUCUCGAGGAGGGUUGGUGGCCGAGGCCGCGCCAUGUGCACGCCGCCAGGCAGGUGGUCGUCAAGGCCUUCAGGCUGCAGCUGCUGGGCAGGGUGUGAGCCAGGAGCUUUGCAGCUGGGGGAGGGCAGGUGGGCCGGGCCUCGGCAGGCCUGGGGAGUCACCAUCCAGGAGUACCGAGCCCCAGAGCAGAGGGCACGGCCAUCGCCUUCUCCCAGCGUGGGGGCUGUGAGGCGAGGUGUGCGAUCACCAGAGGAGGAAAAGCGCGCCCAGGGGCGGGAACCCUCCAAUCACAGGUCAGCACAGAGGCGGGCGCCCUCCAGUCACAGGCCGGGGCCCUCCAAUCACAGGGCAGCAGAGAGGCAGGCAUCCUCCAAUCACAGGCCGUGGCAUUGGCUGCCCUCACCUGCCGCUGAGGAAGGAGGUCCGUUCAAGACCAUGGCCCUGGAAAGGAAUGGUGGGGCCAGCUUGAUAGUUUAGCCGUUGCCUAGAUUCUACAGAUUGCUAUUUUUUUUCUUUUGCUUGUAAAAUGUAAAAUCAAAUCUUUUAUAUUGGCUAUUUUUAGGACUGGAACAACUACUGUAAAAAUGAUUUUUUAAAAACCUGUGCUGGAAGGGUGCGGCGGCUCAGCCUGGAAUCCCAGCACUUUGGGAGGCCGAGGCGAGUGGAUCACCUGAGGUCAGGAGUUCGAGACCAGCCUGGCCAACAUGCAGAAAUGCCGUCUCUACAAAACAUACAAAAAUUAGCCGGAUG